GAUGAAAAGGUCGUUGAUACAUCUGAAGGCGCAGAUCCAUCUAGUUUGGCCAAUAAAGUUGCUAGGGUGGCUGGGUCGGUUAAGGCUAGAGAACAUGCUGCUCCUGCUCACGCCAGCCUUGAGACAGUCCAAGAGUUAGUAAAAGAAACUGGAUCUGUUGAGUGGCAAAUUCAAGUGCAAAAUGGCCUUGAUGAUGCCUUGAAAAGGCGGCUGCAAAAGCUGAUUGACUCUAAUCGAGUCAUGCUUUUCAUGAAAGGAACCCCUGAGGAGCCCAAAUGUAAAUUUAGCUUAUUAGUUGUUAAACAUUUGAAGGAUUAUGAGGUCGAAUUUGGAAGUUUUGAUCUUCUUAAGUACAAUAAAGUCAUGGAGAGGAUACAGAAGUAUUCUAACAGGCCACUAUUACCACAAAUCUACUUCGAAGGGAGGGCUCGUGGUUUCUAUCACAUAGGAACUAUAAUGAAAGGUUACCCAAGUGAAAGCGAUGAUGCUUUUGAAUAG